AUGGAGGAGCUCACAUUUGAAGAACUGAAAGAAGAUAGGGACUCUUAUACUCAGCUUAUUCAAGAUGUGAUUACAUUUUCUGAAAGAGAUCUGAAUGAUGUAGAGACCGAGGAAAAAUUUUGGCCAAUUGAACUACCUAGUGGCAAAAAGUAUAAAGAAAAGGCUUUUCUUUUUGAGAUUGUUGCUAAUGGAUUCACUGGUAUUGAUGUAGACAAAAUGGACUACUUUGCUCGAGAUGCCCGUAGUGUAGGACUGCCUAACAGUUUUGAUUGGAGACGCUUCACUCAAACAGCAAAAAUUAUUAAGUGUGAGGAUGGCUUUCACCAUAUAUGCUCAAGAGAUAAAGAUGCCUUAUCUCUGUAUGAAUUGUUUCACACAAGAAAUGUUCUUUAUCGCUCUGUGUACAGGCACAAGACUGUAGUUAUAGUGGAAGAUUUGAUGAAGAAAGCUUUAAAGGAAGCUAAUCAUGUCAUUUGUGCUGAUGGCUACCCUUUGCUUGAAUGCUGGAAGAGUGUUGAUGCAUUUCUCACUUUAAAUGGCACAAUUGAAGACCGUAUAGGAAGUUUGUCUCCACCAAAUGAAGCUAAAAAAUGUUUUAGCAGAAUUACUGAAAGGCAGCUACCAAAGUUUGUUGGACAUACUUUGAAGAAACACAAAAAAGAUGAAGAUCAUGAAUUUUAUUGUGAAAAAGCAAUAGAGUAUGUCAGUAGCAAGAGACAAAAAAUAGAUAAAAGUUUCCUAGGCUCAAAAGUAAAAUUAAAAAUAGUAAUAGUAUCUAAAGUUCCUUUAAAUUAA